CUUUUUAAAAAUAAAAACCGAAAUCUCUUAACUUAUUUUUUUGCUUCCGUGAGGGAAAAAAAAAAUCAAAUCUUUUGGCUCGAAGACGUCAAAGUCUUUAGAUUGGCUCUGCUAUAUUUCUGGCUGUAUAUGUGUCGUUUCCCUUUUUCCUAAGCUGAGAAGAUCACUUUCAGAAGCUCAGAUUUUGCUCCAAUGGCGUGAAAGAAGACAAUUGGAGGUUUUGGAGUGUAGUUCUUGUGAUUCAUAAAUCUGCGGAUGACCAUUCUGUUCCUGUUUUGUCUGUAAACAAAUCCGUCCGGACAUUCUCGUUCUCUGUCACAUUAAUUCGGGAAAUUCCGGGAGAUGAGAUUCGAAGAAGGCGAAGACAAGAAAAUGCAGGAACAUAUACACACUCGUUCAAAGAGCUGUAGUUUUCCAGAAAAGCAAAGACUUGGAGAUGAUGAUGGCAUUGGUUGUCCUCCGGGUUCUUCUCAACGCCUCAAUCUUGAGCUCCAUCAUUCUAAUGAAUCUGUAAAAACCGAGAAGAAGCUACCGCAGAGCGGAAAUGGCCAUAGUUCUUUGAAGCAAGAGAUUCUAGAGCUCGAGAAAAGAUUACAGAACCAGUUUGACGUCCGCCGAGAUUUAGAGAAGGCAUUGGGUUAUAGAACAUCUUCUAAAGACGGCAACGCAAAUGUUGUCUCCUCUCCAAAGCCUGCCACAGAAUUAAUCAAGGAGAUUGCUCUCCUUGAGUUAGAAGUUUCACAUUUGGAACAGUACCUCCUUUCCCUAUAUCGUAAAACAUUUGAUCAACAAAUAUCAUCUGUUUCUCCUCCAACAUCAAAGCAACAGAGCUCGAGUUCACCGAAUUCUACCCUCAAAGCAAAGUGCCUAGAUUUCUCAAGAACAGAUGUAACCCCGAAACAAGAAGCUUCAGCGCUCGAGUCCCGGUGCUUCUCUUUCGACAAUAGACUGAAGGGUCCGUCUUUUGUCGAGAGGGAAUUAGAUUCAAAUGUUCGUCGAUGCCAAUCCUCUCUUAAUCAGCGUUCUGCCUUCAAUAACAGAAUCUCUCCACCGGAAGAGUCUCUACUUGCUUGCCACUCCCAACCAUUGUCCAUAAAGGAGUACAUGCAAAAUGGAUCGAGUAUGAUCAGCCUUGCUGAUCACUUGGGAACCCGAAUAUCUGAUCACGUACCCAUAACACCGAACAAGUUAUCUGAAGAUAUGAUUAAGUGUGCAUCAGCUAUAUAUUGCAAGCUUGCAAACCCACCAGUGAUGAAUCACGUCCUUUCAUCUCCAAGUUCGUCUCCUUCAUCGAACGAGUUUUCCCUCCAUGAGCAGUAUGAUAUGUGGAGUUCAAGCUUUAGAAAAAACUCGUACUUUGAUGGGCAGUCGGAUAAUCAAUUCGAGUUCAGUGGCCCUUACAGUUCAAUGGCUGAAGUGUUGCACAUUUACCGCAACCGAAAGAAAGGACGUGGCCUUGAACUGAUGCUUCGAAAUUUCAGCUCGCUUAUUAGCCAACUGGAGGGUAUUGAUCUGAGAAAUUUGACUCAUCAGGAGAAACUGGCAUUCUGGAUUAAUGUACACAAUGCACUUGUGAUGCAUACAUUUCUGGCUUAUGGGAUUCCACAGAACAAUGGAAAGAGAUUUUUGCUACUCUCGAAGCCUGCAUAUAACAUAGGAGGUCGGGUAAUGAGUGUUGAAACGAUACAAAGUUCGAUUCUUUGCAGCCGAUUGCCACGUCCAGGACAGUGGUUUCGAUUCUUGCUUACUCCGAGAAAAUUCAGAACCAGUGAUGAACAGCAAGAACUUUCUCUCGAUCACCCUGAGCCCCUCUUGCACUUUGCCCUCUGUUCAGGCAGCCACUCUGACCCGGCGAUCCGUGUUUAUACGCACAAGAGGGUAUACCAAGAGCUGGAAACUGCGAAAGAAGAGUAUAUCCGCGCUACAUUUGGGAUAAGAAAAGGCCAUAAAAUACUCUUACCAAAGAUAAUCGAGUCGUUCAGACAAGACUCGGGUUUAAGUCAAGCGGCUCUGCUGGAGAUCAUCCAAGAAUGUCUGCCCGAACCAUCGAGGAAAUCCGUCAAGAAAUUCGUGUCGGGAAAAACCCGAAAGAGCCUCAUCGAAUGGAUCCCUCACAAUUUUGGUUUCCGGUAUCUGAUAGCGAAGGAGCUCAUCAGAUAAUGUAAAUCCCUUCCUCUUGCUAUUGGUUUUUAUUCUUUGUUUUGUCGGAGGACGUGCAAUGUAUGAAAAGUACAUAAAUGUAUGUAAGGUAGAUGAUAUAGAGCAGAACUGCGUGUUGUUUUUUGUCUCAACUCCGGAGUGAUGUUUGAAGCAGUAAUAUACAUAUGUCAAUUCAUGUAAA